GUUUUUAUAGAACAAUAACUAUGAUCGCUCUUGCAAAACUAGGCCUAUGUGUUGCACUUUUUGUGAACUGCAUCAACUGUGCCAGAAUCUUAGGGGUAUUCCCAUUACCAUGGGGUAGUCAUUACAUUUUGGGAACCAAACUGUUAAGAGGACUAGCGGAAGCGGGACAUGAUAUCACCAUGAUUACUCCGUACAGAUAUAAAGAGACUCCUACAAAUGGAAGCUGGACUGAUAUUUUAUUGGAUGGAGCUGAAGGGAAAUUGCCAGUUCCAAAUCAAAACGAAUUAUUUCAAGUAGGACAAAAAAAUUUCAUCGAACAAUAUUACAUGUACCUCAACUGGCUGACAGCCACAUCAAAUAUUACCCUAAAUCAUCCGAAUGUGCAGGCAUUAAUUAAUUCGAAUGCCACGUUCGAUGCUGUAAUAGUAGGAAAUAUGAUGGCAGAAGCUCAAUUUAUUUUGGCCCACAUUUUCGAGUGUCCUUUGAUUUUAUUGAGUACAGUGGGGCCAAAUGGAGCUACCAAUGAAAAAGCUGGAAAUCCGUCGCCGGCUUCAACUAUACCGAAUUUUUUUAUGCAGUUUGAAGACAAACAUAUGAUGACUUUGAAGGAAAGAUUUUGGAAUACUAUUUAUUAUAUAGUAGGUCAUUACUAUAUGCACUCUGAGCAAAUUCCAAGAAAUGGGAGAAUUUUACAAGAAACAUUUCCAGAUUUACCAAAUAUUUACGAUAUAUACUAUAAUGUUUCAUUGAUUCUAUUGAAUUCACAUUUGAGCUAUACUGGGGCAGUACCAUUGGCACCAAACAUGAUUGAAAUCGGAGGUUACUACAUAGAUCCACCGAAAAAAUUACCAAAGGAUUUACAAGACUUUUUAGACGAUGCCAAAGAUGGUGCAAUUUAUUUUAGUAUGGGAUCUCAUUUGAAAAGCGACAUAAUGCCCGAGGAGAAAAAGAAGAUUUUUUUGAAUGUUUUCAAAAAGUUGAAACAGAAAGUUUUGUGGAAACUUGAAGUUGAUCUUCCGGAGAAGUCCAAGAAUGUUUUUAUUGGGAAAUGGAUGCCACAGCAAGAGAUUUUAGCUCAUCCAAAUGUUAAACUUUUCAUAACCCACGGAGGUCUUCUAAGUACAUCUGAAGCAAUCUACAACGGAGUUCCAUUAUUGAUUAUGCCAUUAUUCGGUGAUCAAAAGACUAAUGCAGCUCAAGCAGUUAAAAAUGGAUACGGAUUAAGAUUAUCGUUUCACACCCUUACUGAAACAGACCUAAGUAAUGCUGUUCAAGAAUUGCUAUACAACAAAACCUAUACUGAAGCUAUUCGAAAGACAUCAGAACUAUUUCUUGAUAGGCCAAUGUCGCCAUUGGAAACUGCAAUUUAUUGGGUCGAGUAUGUUAUCAGGCAUAAAGGGGCGCCCCAUUUGAAGGUACCUGGAGUCGGUAUAGAUUGGUACAAGUAUUAUAACUUGGAUAUUUAUGCGAUAGUUUUAGUAGUAGUUAGUUUAUUUUUGUAUGGCCUAAGUUUUUUGAUUAAAUCUGUUAUAAGAUUCAUUAGAGGUUCAAGAAAAAUAAAAAUAAGUUAGGAAUUUGAUGAUUUCAAUAUUUGUAUUUGUUCCCAACUCAAACUGCAUAGAUUAGCAAUAGGUUCUGCUAGGUCAGUGUGAUAAGAAAAUGAAGACAAAUAACCUUUUUUUAUCUUUUAUUAAAUAUACUGAAACAAAAAUAAAUGUAUUUAUGAUAAUAUUUGCUGCAGAUAUUUGAAUGACUUGCAGUUCAAUGUUUGUUUAAUUAUCCUCAUGUCUGAGUUAAAUGAAUUUUUCCAUGUAGAAAUCCAGUCUGCCAGACUGAA